AUGUCUCACGGUUUCACUAACAUCAUAAGUCUUGAAAAAGCAACUUUUGCAUUGGAAAGUAUUGUUCGUAAACAUGAUGAUCCUUCAUCUGCUACAAUUGAUAAGAAACCAUCGUUAUCUUCCAGAGCUUUAAGUGAUGUUGAUAUUGUUCAAGUUGGUGAUUUAGAAGCAACUAAUUCCCCAUCUAUUAAAGCAUUCAAUGAUUUCUUAGAAUUAUAUAUUGAUCCUUUCGUUUCAUUAUCUGUUGAAACUAAUCCAUUGGUUGGUGAACAAGCUUCAAAUUUUGCUAAAGCUUUCCAAUUCCAAGCUAAAUUAAUCACUGCUGCUUCAAAAUCUUCAAAACCUGAUUUUAGUUUACCUCAAAAUGUUGCAUUAUUAAAACCUUUACAAGAUGAUGUUCAAUUAAUUAAUCAAUUUAAAGAUGAUAAUCGUCAAUCUGAAGUUUUCUCUCAUUUAAAUGCAAUUGCAGAAGGUUCAGGUGUUUUAAGUUGGUUUUUAACCGAGACUCCAGUUUCAUUUAUCCAAGAUAUUAAAGAUUCUUCAACUUUUUGGACAAAUAAAGUUUUGAAACAAUUUAAAGAUUUAAAUCAAAGUCAUGUUGAAUGGGUUAAACAAUUCUUGGGGAUUUUCGAUGGUUUAAAACUUUAUGUUAAACAACAUCAUACUCAAGGUUUAACUUGGAAUAAUAAAGGUGGUGAAUUAUCUAAUAAUUUACAACAAAUUGAUAGUCAAAUUCCAAAUUCUGAAAAAUCACCAGCUCCUGUUGCUCCACCAGCUCCUGUCCCAUCUGCUGGUGGUCCACCUCCACCACCUCCACCACCUCCAGCUGAUGUUUUUUCAAGUGAAUCAACAACAACUCAACAACAAUCCAGUGGUGGUGGAUUAGAUGCAGUUUUUGGUCAAUUAAAUCAAGGUGAAAACAUCACCAAGGGACUAAAAAAAGUUGAUAAAUCUCAAAUGACACAUAAAAAUCCAGAAUUACGUAAAACAAAUUCAAUUUCCAGUACAACAUCAUCAGGUUCCAAAAAAUCACCACCAAUUAAACCUAAAAAACCUCAAAAUCUUUCAUUAAAACCCAAACCAGCUCCAAUUGUGGAAUUACAAGAUUCUAAAUGGAUUAUUAAAAAUGUUGAAGGUGAUCAUGGAAUUGUUAUUAAUGGUGAAUUAGAUCAAUCUGUAUUUAUCGCAGAUUCCAAAGAUUCAACUAUACAAAUUAAAGGUAAAAUUAAUGCAGUUUCAAUUAGUUCAACAACAAAAGUUGGAUUAGUUGUUGAAUCAUUAAUUUCAGGGAUUGAUAUUAUUCAUUCUAAGAAAUUUGGUAUUCAAAUUUUGGAUAAAGUUCCACAAAUUUCAAUUGAUAAAUGUGAUGAAGGACAAAUUUAUCUAAGUAAAAAUUCAUUAGAAACCGAGGUUUAUACAAGUUCUACAACUGCAUUAAAUAUUAAUGUACCAGAUGAUGAAAAUGAUGAUUUUAAAGAAAUUUCUGUUCCAGAACAAUUUAAACAUACUUUUAAUAAUGGUAAAAUUUCAAGUUCAAUUGUGGAACAUGCGGGUUAA